AUGAAGAACAAGUUCAUAAAAGCCUGUGAAAACAAAUUGAAAACCAUGAAGAGCAAAUCCAUAGUCAUACCUUGUUGUGCAUCAUCUUUCUGUGAGAGUUGCUGCGAGAAGGUUUCUUGGGGAUUCAAGAAGGAAAAUGAAGCCAUACCUAAAGAUGUUCCAAGAGGACAUUUAGCAGUGUAUGUUGGUGAGGAUUACAAGAGGUUCGUGAUAAAGAUGAGUUUGCUUAAACGUCCAAUCUUCAAGGCAUUGCUUGAUCAAGCUCAAGAUGCUUAUGAUUUCAGUUCUGAUUCAUCAAGACUAUUGAUUCCAUGCGAUGAAAACACUUUCCUCGAUGUUGUUCGUUGCAGUAGCGCUCCUCAGCAUCAAAUGAAGUGCAUUGGCAUGUACAUGUAA